AAAGUCAUUUGGAUUCUCGUUUCUCAUCACUGCAGAACCCUAAUCCAUGCCUUCUUCACAUUUCAAAAAUCUCGAUCAAAUCGAGUAUAAAUUGCAGAUUCUCUGCGGCUAGAUUCGAACCCAUCUCUGCGAUUGAAUCAAGUUCAUUUAAAGUUAAACAUCAAUUUGAAGGUCUAUUCUCCCAGUUGCAUAAAGCAUGAAUUUUAUUGUAUUUCCCUUCACACAUGGACAAAGCUGGAGCAGCCAAGUCAUGCACACUUGGUGACAGGAGUACUAGUGACAUUACCGUACGACUGACUAAUAGAGAAGGCAGGCCGGAAUGGUUCUACUCUCACUCUUCCAUUCUUAUAAACAAGAGCAAGUUCUUUGCAGACCAGCUCUCUCAUCUGGAUUCUACAGCUUGCAUCGAGAUUCACUGCUCAGAUUUUGAUUAUGAUCAUCACGUUAGUCUUUUGAGGCUGCUCUAUCUGCCUGAGGAUUCAGUUGUUGACUCUUUCGACUCUGUUAAGACUGCUAUUGGGAUUCUUCAGGUGGCUGUUGCCUUACACUGUGAACAAAUCACACAGAGUUGCAUCCAGUACUUGGAGGCUAUUCCCUGGGAGGACAAGGAAGAGGAGGAGAUCUUAAAAGCAGUUUCGAAACUGGGUCCAGUAGCCAUGCCCAUAGUGGCCAGGUUACAACCUGUAGAUCUAAGCACCACAAGAAAUGUUUUUGUUUCUGCAAUUCAAUUUGCCACAUCCAUUGCAGCACCCUGUCUUCCUUUUGGAGAUGAGCUUAAAACUUCUGCUCAGGAACAAGUAGAAUACAUGCUUGGGGAAGAUGAAGAUACAUCACUGAUUACAGCAGAUGAUGAAGUAAAAUCGGUGGUAAAAAUGGGCCUUUCCCAGAUUUGUUCUUCAUUCGAAAAGGAAUUAUCUUCAUUGCUUUUGGAGUCUGAUCUUACAUCUGAGGCAGUGGAAGAUAGAGUACUGAGGAGCCUAUCAGACCUUGAAUGGAUGUGUAAUAUACUUCCCAAGAUGGAUUUGAUGAAGGAAUUUGUUUCUAACUGGACUGAAAUCUCUGGACGCAUUUUGACAGUGGUUGAGGACAGGAAACUUGAUUCUCUCAUGUGGGGUUUGAAAGUAAAGCUGAUAGAAGUGACAGGAAAGGUCUUGGAAGCAGUUGGCUAUGGCAAUGUGAUUCUUCCUCCCCCAUGCCGGGUGCAAUUGCUGAAGACCUGGCUUCCCUACAUAAGAAAAAUGAAGCCUCUUUUGGAUUCAAAAGGCAAUGAAGACCUGGGUUUUCCCCACAAAAUGGAUGAGGACCUGUGUGAAAGCAUUGAAGGCGCAAUUGUCUCACUGAUACUGGCACUGCCAUCAAACGAUCAAGCUGAUAUUCUGGCAGACUGGAUGAAGACUGAGCAGGUGAGGUAUCCUGAUUUGAGCGAAGCUUUUGAGGUCUGGUGUUAUAGAACCAAGUCUGCAAAGAGAAGACUGGUGGAGGGGCUGGACAAAGUCGGCAACGCCGCGGUCAGCCUUUGAUUUCUGCCCUGGGUUUGUUGUAAGAUGAGAUUAUAAAAUGGGUUGGACGGUAAUGCUGAAUUUAAUCUCUAUUUCAUUUCAUUUUCAUGUAGUCUGGCAGUGGCCCCAGGAAUAAUGGUUCCACUUGAUAACUAUAAAUUCAGGCAUCUUAUCAACUUGCUUUGUUUAUUUUUCUGGGUUUGGUGGCUCAUAUUCAUACCAAGCUUCUAGCUUCUAGCUUGGUGGUGAGGAUAUCAUUCAUUCCUAUUCCUGUAUCAAGGGUUUUAAGAAUUUGAUUUUUCUUCCAUUCUAUAAACUUAAACCCUACUCUA